CAGCCCAUCGUCACAGCGGCUCGGCGGCGGCCAUGGCGGCGGUGGGACGGGCGCUGCCUUGGGCCCUGGCAGCAGCGGCAGCGGUGGCGGUGGUGUUGGCAUUGGACAACGGGCUGGCGCGGACGCCACCGAUGGGCUGGCUGCACUGGGAGCGUUUCCUCUGCGCCACCGACUGCGCUACUGACCCGCACCGCUGCGUCAGGUACCGGCGGCGGGCGGUGGUGCCCCGGGACGAACGGCUUUUCGUGGAGAUGGCCGACGUGAUGGCUGCCGAGGGAUGGAGGGACGCGGGCUACGAGUUUGUCUGCAUUGAUGACUGCUGGAUGGCCCCGACGCGGGAUGAAUGUGGCAGGCUCCAGGCUGACCCAAAACGGUUCCCCAGUGGGAUCCGCAAGCUGGCUGACUACGUCCACUCCAAGGGACUGAAGCUGGGAAUCUACAGUGAUGUCGGAAACAAGACAUGUGCUGGCUUCCCUGGCAGUUACAACCACUACGACCUGGAUGCUCAAACGUUUGCCUCCUGGGGCGUGGACCUGCUGAAGUUUGAUGGCUGCAACUCUGGCACCUUGGAGCUGCUGGCAGAAGGUUACAGGCGCAUGUCUCUGGCCCUGAACAAGACUGGAAGGAGCAUUGUGUACUCCUGUGAGUGGCCUUUCUACUUGAGGCCCGUGCAGCAGCCCAAUUACACAGAGAUCAAACAGUACUGCAAUCACUGGAGGAACUUUUUUGAUGUCUAUGAUUCCUGGAGCAGCAUCAAGAGUAUUUUGGACUGGACAGCACUUCACCAGGACAGCAUUGUGAAGAUAGCUGGGCCAGGGGGCUGGAAUGAUCCUGACAUGCUGGUGAUUGGAAACUUUGGGCUGAGCUGGGACCAGGCGGUGACUCAGAUGGCAAUGUGGGCUAUUAUGGCAGCUCCCCUCUUCAUGUCCAACGAUCUGCGGCACAUUAGUCCUGAAGCUAAGUGGCUGCUCCAGAACAAAGAGGUGAUAGCCAUCAACCAGGAUCCGCUGGGCAAGCAGGGAUACCAGAUCACCAAGGACAAGAACUUUGAGCUGUGGGAGCGGCCCCUGUCUGGCCAAGCCUACGCCGUGGCAGUGCUGAACCAGCAGGAGAUUGGGGGACCCCAGAACUUCACCUUCUCCCUCACCUUCCUUGGCAAUGGGCUAGCCUGCAACCCAGCAUGCUCCAUCCAGCAGGUCCUUCCAGCCAGCAGGGACUGGGGGGUUUACAGCUGGGUCUCCUCCCUGAGCUUGGAGGUGAACCCAACAGGCACUGUGCUGCUGAAAGUAGUGGCACUAUAGGAGGCACAAUCUUUUCAUAAGCCUCAGACUCUGUCUUAACUUCUUGUCACAAGAAGCCCGUCUCCUUCCUCCAAGCAAAUUGCCUUUGUUCUCCCCUUAAGCAUUCACUACUCAAGUGCUUCUAUGUGGACUUUGAACUUUCAGCCUAAUGUGACAAAUACCCAUCACUGCAUCACCAAGAGAUAACAGAGAAAGGGGCAAUGCUUGUCUUCUGUUUACCCUUUCUCUGGCAUCUCACCUGACUCCUUCUCCAAGGGGCUACAAGGGCAGGGCAGAAAAUCCUGUUAAUGCCCUCCACCAUGACCAACCAAAGAAAUGCAAAGGAUACAUGCAGCAUCCUACAGCUCUCCUUGAGCAUUUCAGGGACAAUAGGGAAACACACCCUGGCUGCCUUGCUCUUCCUUUGCGAGGGCACACAGUUCAAGAAAAGCUGUUCCUACUCCUACUGAAGAAACACAACACUCUCCUCAGAGCAUGGACAUCAUCUUCCACUUUCUGACAACUCAGGGACUGGCCUAAAUCACUGCAUUUCUUAGCAACUGGUUUCUUGACAGCUGCCUGCUUAGUAUAAACAUGCCUUAGGACUCAGCUUUUGAAGGUUUCCCCUUACCCCAGCAAUCUUCCUCUCACCACUGGCUGUCACUUUAGAUGACAGUUCCCUCUCCACUCUUCAUGGGGUCACUGGUGUCCCCUUCCUCAGUAAGCUGCCUUCCAGAAAUACCUGUGUGCUUGCUUUCCACUGCUGACAGUAGCCUUUAGGUCAAAUAACACAGGUCCUUCCAACAUGGGAAAUGGACACUUAACUGCUUACACAACCAUCACGUAGAAGUACAUUAUAACUACUACACAAUCCAGGUGACUUGAUUUGUUCUUAUUUCUGUGAUUAAGCACUUUGAUUAAAGUGUCCCUUAAAAAGACUAAGCUUUUUCUUAGUUCCGCUGUACAGCAUGGUAUCUGAAAUUAAAAUCGGAUUUUAGAAAACA